ACCGGAACUCUGAUUCAAUGUCUCUCUUGGGCUUCAUUUUACAGAACUAUUGAAACGCGAGACCAUUCAAAGACCUAUCCCUUCAAGACAUCAAAACAAAAAGUACUAAGACGAAGUCCUCCGUCGCCGACACUUUCAAACAAAUUUCUUUACGAUUCAUCCAAACCUAAAAGUCCGAAACGCUCUCAAUCUGUGAUUUCCUCCUCAAAACUACGAAAGAAAUACGACGGAACCGCUAAACGACGGUAUGUGCGGCGCUCGGGCUCUUCGAGUGAUGGCGUUUGGCGUAAGAGGGGUCGACCUCGAGAGCGGGCCUCGAGUGGCAGUUCGAGGACAGAGUCGCCCAUUCCGUCUCCGGUGCCAUCGGAGGGAAGCACUUGUGGUCACUCAUUGAGUGCUCCAUUGCUUCGGCGAAGGCGUAGUGAACAGCACGCCUUCGAUAUCAACAAUAUUGUGAUUCCGUACAGCAUUGCGGCCACGACUCGGGUCGAGAAACUUCAGUAUAAGGAGAUUAUUACUCCCAAAUGGAGGCUCACAGACCCCUCAGAGCACAAUACCUUCUCUUUCUCAGACCUAAAAAUCAAAUCCGAAUCAAAUGAAGAAAUAAAAGCCGUUCCGCAGAAAAGCACAUCCAUUGACGACGAAGACGAGGACAUCUCUGACACGGCGUUCACUUUGAGACACAUAAAAUCAGAAGAGGAGGAAAGAAAACGCAUUUUAUCAUUCAUUAAAGGAAACACCAAAAGUGGUUCUUUGCGAAGGGGAGCGCGAGUGCGGUUCGACAGCAACCGAUCCGACACAACCACAACACCCGGCGAUACUGUGUUUCAGAACAAUGACUCGACGAGUCAGGACUCCUAUAACGGCGCUUCUAUUCCUUCAACACCUGUUGUCAAUAACUGUAAUAAUGAGCCAAAUUUGGCCGAUACUCCACCACCGGUUCCGACCGAACGGCGCAGAAAUGCUUCUCUCUCUUCGAGAAGAGACGACUCUAUCGACGAAAACUUUGAAACUGUCGCUCCUUUCGAGUUAAGAACUUUUCCAUUGAAUGAAAUAGACUUUGAAUUAAUGUCGACAGAAGUGCAACCAAUGUGUCCCACAUUAGGUGACGACACAUUAGAUUCAAUGAAUGAUCCCGAAAAGUCCAAUGAGGGCACCAUUACGGCCAACAACAGCCGCGCGCCCACACCUGUCGACUCGGACGGCGCCGAAAGUGUUGUCGAACACAAUGAGGGCGACAACGAUAACGAAGACCCAGAAUGGGAGCCAAAAAAGUUAACUAAAGGCUAAUUUAUAGAACAGUGAGGACUUGUAAUAAUGUUUUGAGAAAUCGUAUGCUUUUAUAUUGAAAUAUAUCGAGUAAUGAAUGAAAUUGUUCGCUAUUUCCCCGAAUCCCUAUCUAAACAAAUCCAAAUGUAUGUAACAAUUUGUAAAUAUUUUUCAUUUGUUUUGCUUUUUAUUUUUUAGUACAAUUAAGUCGAGAAAUUCAAGACUAAUCUUUGAAAUCAGAUUUAUUUAUUAAACACAAAAGGGUUUAAAUCGAAAACAAAUUUUGAUCACUAAUUUUGUUUAAAUUAUGUGCUAAUCCCUCGAAAACAGAUCAUUAAAUUAAUCUAAACUUAAAUAUCUUACCGUAUAUUACUGUAAAUGAUAAACAAAUUACUGUACUUUUAAUUUUUGAAACGCCUCUUGAAAUUCUCAGACUUAAUAACUCUUUAUAAAAAUGUCUACAAAAAAUCAAUUCAAUUAGAAAGUCAUUAUUGGUUUGUUUACUAAACAUUUUUUUGUUAGUUUUAUCAGUCAUUCCAAAAGUGAAAAGUUUUUUUCAUAACUUGUUAUUAAAACAAAAGACAAAUUCAAUUCAAUUACCGAUUCAUUUUAAAGUCAGAGUCUAUUUGCU